AUGUCAUCUGCAGCUGGCAACCAAAAUGUCAACAAUUCUGCAUUAGAGCACCCCGCGAGUGCGACUCGUCUCUCUGAUCUCCCAAUUCCUGUACAUCCCUCUGCCAUUGAAGACACUGCCCGGCCUUCUCAAGAUACCCCUGCGGACUCGGUCCAACCUUCCUUUACUCCUGCUAUUGAUCGACCUCCCUUUACUCGUGCUCAAUCUGCUCCAGUCAAUAUCAUGUCCCCCAAGAUCGCUUUACCUCUUGACAAAGACAAGGUCCGCAUUACCUUCGCAGAGCCCAUCCCAGUCACGAUUCUGCCCGGUAUGGGUCAUCCAUCCCAUCCACGUCGCUUUUCCGAUCUCCCAUACAGGCGAGAACGCACACCUGUGCCUGAGCCAGCACGUUCGGAGACGCAGCUCAUCAGUGUUCUUUGGGAAUUGAUGGAGCAGAGAAAGAGGGAGGAGGCUCUAGCCCAGGCUACUGUGAAAGCAGAGCCAAGCGAUGAGGACACCACCCUCAUCAUCACCGAAGCCGAUAGACUCAAAAUUGUCAAAGACCUUCAAUCUGCCCGCCCACUCAAUGAACCAGCUGCUCCCCAAGAAAGCUCUCCACUUCACCUACCAUUCAACAUCAACGAGCUAUCCUCUGCUCACGAAGACUCCGAAGACUCACACAACAACUCAACCGGAUCCCAUACAAGCUCUGAUCUCGACAAUCAUCCGUACCCUUUUCGCAAUGGUCCCUUGCCGCCCAGCCACAGUUCUCCUUCCCCUGUGAGGCUGCAUGCAGCUUCGUCACUACACUUUUCCUUACUCGCUGCGAGUACGCCAUCCCCUCCAGCUGCAUUGCCCCAUGCUGGUCCAUCUCAGGCAGGAGUGUCAGGAUCUAUGCCUGCAAGCUCUCCACUCAAGAGGAAGAGCUUGCUCUGCCGACGCAGCGAACUUGCUCUAUUCGCCCACUACCUUCUUAGCUUUACCUCUACUGGCGCAAAUAUGGCAUCCGGCCUCCCUCCCAAUUUCCCAUCCCCCAAGCACAUCUAUGACAGCUCUGUUCAUGCGCACGCUUGGUCUAUGUCUGACAUGUCCCAGCUUUCUUAUUAUCAGAUGCCUACAGGGAAUUCUCGAUGGAGCAAUCCUUCAGAUGGGUAUGGUGGCCCAAGCAUGCAGCAACAUAUGGUGUUGCUUCAAGACAAGUGCAACACGCUUGAGCACGACCUUGCUGCAAUCCGGAAUGAGCAUGCUGUCCUCAAGAAUGAAAAGGCCAUGCUACAGCAAUGCUAUGAUCAUCUUGCUGACUCGGUCGGUUUGAAGCGGGGACACCUCCUCGUAGAUGAGGUGCCGAACAUUGUGAACCAUGAGGAGCAUCUUGCCGACAUGAAGAAACACUACAAGGUCAAUUAUUGGAUGGAGAAGAAGUUUACCGAUGAAAGGAAAGAUUAUGAUAACGGUACGACUCCCUUCUGCAAAUACUCUGACGGCAAGAAGGUCCCUAGAGAGACCAUUGAUGUGGUCAGGGAGACCCUGCGCACGUUGUGGUGGCAGUUUGCCAGUCAGAAGAGACUUGCCCUUGUGUGGACGGCUCAUUCGUUUGAUGUCAAGGAAGAGACACAUUGUGCCAUGUACUCCAAGUAUCCUUGGCUUGCUCUUGCAGAGGACAAUUGGAAGGUCAACUACCUCGGUAAGGACAGUUUCCCCAACUUCAAGAGAAGCUACCUUGACAAUCUCGAGAACAUCAGGCCCAAGAUCCUGGCCAAGAUGGAGGACAACCCCAAGGCAGCCGAGGCCAUCCUCAAGGAUUCCAAAAGCACAUCAGCAUCUAAUGAAGCCACCAUCUCCACCAAGUGCACCAAAGGGAAAGGCAAGGAAAAAGAAAAUGAUCCUGCCCCUCCUCCUCCUCCUUCCCCCAAAGCCAUUUCUGAUCAAGGUAAUCUGGACGACCCCAACCCAGUGGGUGUGGGUGCAGAGGAGGUCACUCGGCAGGACAACCCUGUUAUCAAGUGUGAGGAUGCCCUCGCCAUUGAUCCUACCGACUGCACCUGCAUUAGCAAUGUUGAGCGUGACGACAUUCCCGAGAACAGGGACGAAGAAGUGUUUGAGCCAUGUACGUUCCCCUCUGACUCACCUGAUGCAAACGAAGAGGGGAGUUGUGAAUUGUCUCCGCUUCCAUGGCUCGAGAAGGAGCGUGCAGAGAGGGAGCAAUCAGAGUGUGCUGCCACUACCAAUGCAUGUGCCAGUGGGCUUCCCACCGAUCACGCUGCUGCUUCUCGCCAAAAGGUGGCGACUCCCACCGAGCCGGGGCCCACCGCAGCACCAGCUCCAAGCCAAGACGUGGAGCAAGGACUUCUCCCCUGCAUGCUGCCGGUGCUCAAAUUCAAGCUGAGCAAGAAGGCCAUUCCUGUGGUGGCUUCUGAAGAGGCAACUAAUGAGCAGGACAGCCAAGUCCACACCUCAAGCAUAUCUACUCCCCCGUCAGCAUCACCACCCGUCACAAAAACCACACGCUCAACGGCUCGCAAGUCGGCAGCUGCCACUACACCAUCCAAAUCACCGCCUCAAGUGUUCAAGUCCCGCGCUCAGGCUGUCCUUGAGAAUCCCUCUGAAUACACCAAAAAUUCCCGCUUGCAGUCUCGCAAGGAAGGCUUUAGUGAGCCCAUUUCUGGCGUGUUCGACCAUAAGCCAGAGGCUGGAGCGUCAGGUCAGCACAAGGAGGAGGAUGCAGCCAAGGAGGCCUUUGAUCCUGGGGAUAAGAAGGAUGGAAGGUACACUCUUCGUGGCCUGUCGACUCGAGUUUUUAUUCUAACGUCCUUUUGCAUGAUGCACAAGACUCUCUGUGCCAUUUGGUGGCUUGAGAAGGAGAAGAACAAAGGAAGUCUCAAAAAGAAAUACACUGCUGAGGCCAAGAAACUGGUCACCGAGGGUGGAUACGGGUUAGCGGGUCAGCAUUUUGGACUUGGUAUGAUUUCGGGAUUGUUUCUGCUUUCACAAUCACACCGUUGCCGCUGUCUGCAGCAAAAUGGACAAUUUAAACCCACGUAUUACAGCCAGCUGCAUGUCCGAUUCUGUCGGAUGAUGCAUCUGUAUGCAACAAAAUGGAGUGCAUACACCCGUCUCUUGCAGACAGCUGCAUCUGCGGGAAUAUGUGUGUGUAUAGAUCAGGCAUGGCAUGUCAUUUUGCUGCAUUGA